AGUACCAGUAUCAUAUUCUUCUUCUUCUUCUUCUUCUUCUUGUGUCCAGCCGCAAAGUGCAAUUAUUGAUAUGAAGUUCCAUCCAUAAUUUUAUGCAGGUUCUUUCCAGCAUCAUUAUAUACUGCCAGGUCUUUCAUGUGGCAAGGUAAUUCCAGCAGGAGGCAUAUCGGGAGGAGGUCCAUGGUUUGUUGGUCAGUCCCACAUUCACAGCUGGUAUCUCCAGUGAAAUAUCCCCAUUUAGCGCUGCUGACCUUACAGCUUCCAUUACAUGGUCUCAGGCGAUUAAGACAUCACCACCCUCUCCAUGCUGCGUCAGCUCCUGAUGGUAAACUCUCGCCGACUGGUAGUUCCAUGGAGACUCUUAGGGGGAGGCCUUGUAUUCUAUCCUGCCACAGCAUUCUGCGCAGCGUGUUAGCCAUGGUGGAAUCUGCUGGUAGCACAUGCUGGAGAAAGGCUUUCCUUGAUAUCAGCCUUCAUUCUGCUGGCUGGUGGUUAAAGAGGGGGUGUCUGUGAUCACUCACUUUGUGGGCUCUCUUUCUUCUAUUUAUAACUGGUAACUCUAUGGUACCCUGUGAUCAUUUUACAUGUACUGCAUCGUAUUGACUCAUCGCUAGUGAUGAUGAUGAUGAUGGUGAUGAUGAUGAAAGAAUAUCCAGGCUAAGGCAAUAAUAUAAUAUAAUGUAAUGUAAUGAUGUAAUAUGAAACUAAUCACACACAUACACUUUAAGGAGAAAGACAGGGACUAGGGAACACCCUUGAAGGAGUGAAAAAAAGAGAAAGACUGAGUGCAAAAGCACACAAAGAGAGAGAGAGAGAGAGAAGCGAGGGAAGGGAACACCCCAGCUGAAGACAAACGAGUGCAGCACUGAGUGCCUGAGGGAGAGAGAGAGAGAGAGAGAGGGAGGGAGAGGCAGAAGGGGGCAGGAUCACCCUGCACGUGCAAGUGUGUAUGUGUGUGUGUGUGUGUGUCUGUGUGUGUGUGAAACAGAAAGGGGUAGCGUGUGUGUGUUGUGUCUGCGCUCAUUCCUCUCUCUCUCCAUGGCCGACUCCGGCUGUGUCCUGAUCCCCAGUGCAGCGAUGCUCCCUCACCCCGUCCCAGCCUUCCUCUACCUGCCUGAGGGUAACCAAGAGGCGACCAAUCCGGUGGACGCGAUGGCUCAGUCCUACACCCCAGCGCAGUUUCCUCCUCCCCCACAGAAUGGUAUCCCAGGAGAAUUCACCACACCCCACACCCUGCCUACACAGGACUACACAGGACAGAGCCGAGUACCUGAACACACCCUGACUAUCUACACAGCCACACAGACACACAGUGACCCUGCAAACAGCGACAGCAACACAACAACCAUCACCACCAACACAACAGAUGACGUGACACAAACAGAGACGCUGUCAUCCUCAGAGUCGCCGGAGAAACAGCAGCCUAAACGGCUCCAUGUCUCCAACAUCCCCUUCCGCUUCCGCGACCCUGACCUCAGACAGAUGUUCGGGCAAUUUGGGAAGAUUUUAGACGUGGAGAUCAUUUUUAAUGAGCGGGGAUCUAAGGGCUUUGGUUUUGUAACUUUCGAAACGAGCACAGACGCAGAUCGAGCGCGGGAGAAACUAAACGGUACAAUCGUAGAGGGACGCAAGAUCGAGGUGAACAAUGCUACAGCGAGAGUGAUGACGAACAAGAAGGCAGCGAAUCCUUACACAAACGGCUGGAAACUGAAUCCUGUAGUGGGAGCUGUUUAUGCACCUGAACUUUACGCAGUAACAGGGUUUCCCUAUGCAGCCACAGGGGCAACAGUAGCAUACAGAGGAGCUAAUUUAAGAGGAAGAGGACGAGCCGUUUAUAACACAUUCCGCACAGCUCCGCCUCCUCCACCCAUCCCUGCCUAUGGAGCUGUUGUUUAUCAGGACGGGUUCUACGGUGCUGAGAUCUAUGGAGGCUAUGCAGCGUACAGAUAUGCCCAGCCUGCCACAGCUACUGCAUACAGUGACAGCUAUGGUAGAGUCUAUGCAACGGCGGAUCCGUACACUCACGCGAUCAGCCCGGCUGCCACAUACAGCGUCGGCACAAUGGCUAGCCUCUGCCGAGGAGCGUACAGUCGCUUCACGCCCUACUAAAGUCGAGACAAACACACCGACCACACUAAAUUAAAGUGAGAAAACCCCUCUUGUUCGACAGGCACGACGACCGGCUCCUGAUGGCCUCGUCACACCACAACAUUAACGCACCGUCCCAACACACAAGAGUUACGUCUUUGUGUGUGUGUGUGUGUGUGUGGGCUCAGUAUGAUGUCAUUGGUGAUGUUAGUUUACAUCUGAAUCAAACACAGCCCUUACACUCCUGUUUAUUUCAUGAAGGCUUGCUGAUGUGUCACGGUCACCUCUUAUGUUUCAUUUCAGGACAAAACACUUCUUAUGUUUAAAGACAUAAUGCUUCUGGGUUUUUUUUUUUAUUAUUACUUCUUUUUAUUAAGCUUUUUAAAAAAAUACUUUUUUAGUCCAAUUUCAAGUGUAAUUAUUUACAUUUACGGCAUUUGGCAGACACCCUUCUUCAGAGCAACUUACAUUUAUCUCAUUUUAUACAACUGAGCAGUUGAGGGUUAAGGGCCUUGUCCAAGGGCCCAACAGUGGUAGCUUGGCAGUGCUGGGGCUUGAAUUCCUGAUCUUUGAGUCUUUAGCCACUGACCCACCACCGCCCCAUUAUAUACAAAAAAAUAAAAAAUUAAACAGGAGAUUAAACAUCACCAUCAUUAAAGAAAGUCCAAACUAGUGAGAUAUGUAUUAAAUUAAAGUUACCUAUAAUUAAAUUAGUAAUAAUUAGUAAACUUUUUUAAUAUAAUUAAAAAAGUAAAUUAGUAAAAAUGUACCAUAUCAUUAAUAAUAUAAUAUUAAUAUUAAAGUGGAGGUGGAGGUGAAACUCUUAAUUUUAAAAUAUCAUCUAUGAGGAAGCAAAUGGAAAAGACAAAAAAAUGCAAAAGGAAAAGAUAAACUCAGCAGGGCAAAUCUUAAUGAAAUAACAUGCAAGAAAAGUGUGACAUCUUCUUGGUCUCACUUUUUUUUUUUAACAUAUUCAUUAAGUGUAUAAUCAUCAAGUCUAGGUUUUCUUAAGCACUGUUAUUUAACAAAUAUUAAUCACAUGUUGUCUCGUAUAUGAUGUGCGUUUCAUUUUUUCCAUAAGAGUUUACUGCUAACUGAGUAUUCAGUAACUUUGGGAUUGGAAAGCACUGAUAUUUCAGACAAAAGUUCACUUAUUUAUUUCAUUUCUUAAAAUAAAGCCUGGCUUUGACAUUCAGAUAUGCACUUAUGUAAAUACCUUUUAGUUUAGCAUAUACAACCCCAAUUCCAAAAAAAUUGGGUAAAAUGUAAAUAAAAACAGAAUGCAAUGAUUUGCAAAUCUCAUAUACCCAUAUGUUAUUCACAAUAGAACACAGAAAUGUUUAAACUGAGAAAAUGUACCAUUAUAAGAAAACAAAGAGAUAAGUUUUAAUUUUAUGGCCAAAACACAUCUCAAAAGAGUUGGGACGGGGGCAACAAAAGGUUAGAAAAGUAAUUGUUAGUAAAAAAGAAACAGCGGGAGGUUAAUUGGGUAUAAAAAGAGGGUCAUAGAGAGGCAGAGUCUUUCAGAAGUAAAGAUGGGCAGAGGUUCAACAAUCUGCAAAAAACUGCAUCUACAAUUUGUGGAACAAUUUCAGAAUAAUGUUCCUCAAUGUAAAAUUGCGAAGACUUUGAAUAUCUCAUCAUCUGCAGUACAUAAUAUCAUCAAAAGAUUCAGAGAAUCUGGAGAAAUCUCUCUGCACAAGGCACAAGGGUGGAAAUCAAUAUCGAAUGCCCGUGAUCUUUGGGCCCUCAGGUGGCACUGCAUUAAAAACAGACAUGAUUCUGUAAUGGAAAUCACUGCAUGGGCUCAGAAACACCUCCAGAACUCAUUGUCUGUGAACACAGUUCGCCGUGCCAUACACAAUCGCUGGUUAAAGCUCUAUCAUGCAAAGAAGAAGCCAUAUGUGAACAUGAUCCAGAAACACAGCUGUCUUCUCUGGGCCAAAGCUCAUUUAAAAUGGACUGAGGUGAAGUGGAAAACUGUUCUGUGAUUGAAAUUUUAAAUUCUUUUUGGAAACCAUAGAGGCUGCAUCCUCUGGACUAAAGAGGAGAGGGACUUUUAUCAGCACUCAGUUCAACAGCCUGUGUCUCUGAUGGUAUGGGGUGCAUUAGUGACUAUGGAAUGGGAAGCUUGCACAUCUGGAAAGGUACUAUCAAUGCUGAAAGGUAUAUAGGAUUUAGAGCAGCAUACGCUUCCAUCCAGACGUCAUUUUCAGGGAAGGCCUUGCAUAUUUUACAGGGAAGGCCUUGCAUCUCUUACAACAGCGUGGCUUUGUAGUAGAAGAAUCCGGGUGUUGAACUGGCCUGCCUGCAGUCCAAACCUUUCACCAAUUGAGAACAUUUGGCACAUCAUGAAACAAAAAAAUGCAACAAAGAUGACCCAGGACUGUUGAGCAGCUAGAAUCCUGUACCAGACAAGAAUGGGACAACAUUCCUCUCCCAAAAACUCCAGAAACUGGUCUCCUCAGUUCUCAGACAUAUACGAACUGUUGUUAAAAGAAGAGGGGAUACUACACAGUGGUUAACAUGGCCCUGUCCCAACUUUUUUGACAUGUAUUGCUGCCAUCAAAUUCAAAAUUACCUUAUUUUUUCCUUAAAUUGGUACAUUUCCUCAAUUGAAACAUUUGAUAUGUUUUCCAUGUUCUAUUGUGAAUAACAUAUGGGUUUAUGAGAUUUGCAAAUCCUUGCAUUCUGUUUUAAUCUACAUGUUACACAGCGUCCCAACUUUUUUGUAAUUAUGGUUGUAGAAUGUUUAGGUUAGAAUAUAGACCUCUGAAGUGUUUUAUUAUAUAAAACCAAAAAACAAGGCAUUUCCUUAAGAGCUUUGCCUAUUCAUUUUGUCUACAAAAGUCAGAAAACCCAGGACACCUGACAGACUGAACGUACCAUUAAAUCAAAACCUACAAUUGUUAACUGGGAAGUCUCCAAUUCUGGGGCUAAGAAUCAUGGCAUAAAUGUUUAUUUGUUAAUAUGUACACACAACCCCUACUUUUGAAAUUCAUACGUACAUUUACACUGCCAGUCAAACAGUUAUUGAACAUGUGGAGGUUUGUAUUAUACAUAAAUAAGGAAAAAUAGUAAAAAAUAAAAUAAAAUAAAAUAAAAAAAGUGUUCUGUCAAGUUCCCAAAUCUUUGUAUUUAAGUAUUUAGCUUUUCUACAGUACUUCUACAGGAUUUAACUUGAACCACUUUUUCAAAAACUUUUGACUGGCAACUUACCUUAACUUUAUUUUUUAAAUUUGUACAUUGAGGUUCGAGUAUGUUCCCAGUUCUGAGUGUUUUAUCAUUUGAGACAGAAAAAAAUGACAUUCCCAAAGAGUUUAUUUGUCUAUGCAUCUUAUGGCAGAAGCAGGACAGGUUUUUACAAUCCGUAUAUAUGUAUUAGUUUAUAUGUAUUAGUACUGUGUAUUAGUUGUUAAUCUCAUUCUGGUCUCCAUUAGAAUAUCUUUAUGCAGCCUAUACGCCUAAGGGUCCCCUACAUCUUUAUUAUAUAUGUGUGUGUUGUUGCUGACCUAAAGCAGUUUGAUGUUUGAUUAGAAAGUUCUCUUUUACAUCUGCCAAGGAAAGCACACACACACACACACACACACACACACACACACACACACACACACACACACACACACACACACACACACACACACACACACACACACACACACAAAGUGAAUGUGAGUCCACACACCGCACAGCUCCCAAAAGCUCAACUUCUGAUUUAAUUAGGCAUUAAAUCUUAACGGGCUAAUCAAUGCAGUGAAGUGCUCAGUGUAGCAAAAAACCCUGCAUCUGUGAAGCGGCAAAUCUUCAAACGCUCUGGGCAGUAGAAGCAGCAGAUCUGGAUCAAAUAAGCAAACUGUACAUUGACGCUUGUGCUGGAUACCAUUAAUGUUGUUUUUUUAAUGCACCCUCAUCGACUUCCCCUAAGCGCAAAUCAUGCUGUAUUUAUGUUAACCACACCUGAUGGCAAAAACAAUGUAGCAAUUUCAUAGGGAGGUUUUUUUUUUUUAUAUAGUCUAACUUCUCUGAAGUAUGGAUUGGAUUACUAAGUGGCCAGCUAUGCAGCUAGCAUGAUAACUAGCUAGUCAAAGAAAGUAUCGACACUCCAUCAAACCCACUUUCAACACGUUUUGACUACUUUGGAAUAAAAAUGAUGUCCGAUCACAGUGGAUUCUGGGUAAAAUUCUUCCCAUGAACUGUACAGUGAUCCACCCCUUAUCUAUCAAAUGUCACACACGCGUUAUUCAAUAAAGUAAUGCUAAGAUAAUGGGGCAAGUCAAUGACAGUGCAUUAAAAAUCUAUUUCGGAACACAGCCUUUUAAAACUAGGUCAAUAUUUAAUAGCAUUACAAUCAAAUUAACUACUCCAGUAUGAUAUCACUGAUUAGCUUUAUUUUAUUAUUAU